AUGUCGUCCGCCAACCGUGGUGCCGACGGCAGUCGAAAUCGUCGCAAGCGCUCCAGAGAACCGGAAGAUGAUGAUUUACCUGGCGGCGUUGCACCUUCAAGUCCUCCUGGCGACUUCACAUCCUCCCCACCAGCCCCAAUUCGACACGGUGUUGAAGAUGAUGACGACGACGAGAUUGAGGAUGAUGUCGAAAUCGCUCUCGAUAUCGACGAUGCUGAUGAGAUGGCCGAGGAUGAGGACGGAAUUGAUCUCUUUGCGGGAAACUACGAACGAGAUUACGAAAAUGCCCGGGAUGAUACAAACUACGAAGGUGCGGAUAUUGAUGACGAAGGGGACUACGAAGAGCUCGACGGUGCGGCUAGAAGACAGCUUGAAGCCAGAUUAAAUCGCCGAGACCGAGAACUUGCCAGGCAGCGUCGUAUGCCAGCUGCUUUCUUGCAGGAUGAAGAUGAGGAUGGAGACUUGGAUCUAAUGAAUCAACCGAGACGUAGACGUCAUCAUUACGACGAAGACGAAGAUGAAGAUAUGCAGGAAGAUAUCAUGGAAGAAGAGUUAUCUCUUGAGACUCUACAGGAUGUCAAGUCAUCAAGUUUGGUUGAAUGGAUUGCUACACCUUCCGUUCAAAGGACUAUCAGGAGGGAGUUUAAAGCUUUCCUGACCGAAUACACCGACGAGCAUGGAGUUUCUGUUUAUGGUAGCCGCAUUAAAACUCUUGGGGAGAUCAACGCAGAAACGUUGGAAGUUUCAUAUGAUCAUUUGUCCGCCUCAAAAGCCAUCCUUGCCUAUUUCUUGGCCAACGCUCCCGGUGAAAUGCUUCAAUUAUUCGACGAAGUUGCCAUGGAGGUUACCCUGUUGCAUUAUAACGAUUACCAGCAGAUUCAUUCCGAGAUUCAUGUUCGCAUUACAGAUUUACCUGUUCAUUAUACCCUGCGCCAACUACGUCAAACACAUCUGAACUGCCUCGUUAGAGUUAGUGGAGUGGUCACUCGUCGAAGUGGUGUAUUCCCACAACUGAAAUAUGUCAUGUUUGAUUGUUCCAAAUGCCAUACAAGGCUUGGGCCUUUCCAACAAGAAUCAAAUGUGGAAGUCAAAAUUUCUUUCUGCGCGAAUUGUCAAUCUCGUGGCCCUUUCAACCUGAACUCAGAAAAGACGGUUUAUCGCAAUUACCAAAAGUUAACUCUUCAAGAAUCACCAGGAACUGUGCCUGCAGGUCGUCUACCCCGCCAUCGAGAAGUCAUUCUUCUCUGGGAUCUUAUCGACAAAGCCAAGCCUGGUGAGGAGAUUGAAGUCACAGGUGUUUACCGCAAUAACUACGAUGCUCAAUUGAAUAAUCGAAAUGGUUUUCCUGUAUUUGCGACAAUCUUAGAGGCUAAUAAUGUUGUUAAAUCGCACGAUCAACUUGCUGGUUUUAGACUUACAGAGGAAGAUGAGCACGAGAUUCGCGCUCUUUCUCGUGACCCCCAGAUUGUGGACAAAAUAAUUAAUUCAAUGGCACCAAGCAUUUACGGCCAUACCGAUAUCAAGACAGCCGUGGCUCUGUCACUCAUGGGUGGAGUUGCCAAAGUCGCUCAGGGAAAACAUCAUAUCCGUGGUGACAUCAAUGUACUCCUUUUAGGAGAUCCCGGAACAGCAAAAUCACAAGUUCUGAAGUAUGUCGAGAAAACUGCCCAUAGGGCCGUUUUUGCCACGGGUCAAGGAGCUAGUGCUGUUGGUCUUACAGCCAGUGUACGCAAAGAUCCUCUUACUAGUGAGUGGACUUUGGAAGGCGGCGCUUUGGUGCUUGCAGACCGAGGUACAUGUCUUAUUGAUGAGUUCGAUAAGAUGAAUGAUCAAGAUCGAACAUCUAUUCACGAAGCUAUGGAACAGCAAACUAUCUCCAUUUCUAAAGCUGGUAUCGUCACAACACUUCAGGCUCGAUGCGGUAUCAUUGCCGCAGCAAAUCCAAUUGGUGGACGCUACAAUUCCACCAUUCCUUUCUCGCAGAAUGUUGAGCUCACUGAGCCAAUUUUAUCCCGUUUUGAUAUUCUUUGCGUUGUUCGUGAUACUGUAGAUCCGGUUGAAGAUGAAAGACUUGCCAGAUUCGUUGUGGGAUCCCACGGUCGUUCUCAUCCAGGAAGUCAACCUACGGAUGAAAAUCAAGCGUCGAUGGAAACAGAGCAUGACGCAGAGAUGCGAGAUGGCGCUGUAAAUGGCGGUGAGCCUAAGCAAGAAGGCGAAAUCAAGCAAGGGUUACUUCGAAAGUACAUCCUUUAUGCUCGGGAGAGGUGUAGUCCAAAGUUAUACAAUAUCGAUGAGGAGAAGGUAUCGAAACUUUUCGCAGAUAUGAGAAGAGAAUCGUUAGCGACCGGGGCUUAUCCCAUUACCGUCCGUCAUCUUGAAGCCAUCAUGCGUAUUAGUGAAGCAUUCUGUCGGAUGCGACUCUCUGAAUACGUCUCAGCGCAAGAUAUCGACCGAGCAAUUGCUGUCACAAUUGAUUCUUUCGUCGGUAGCCAGAAGGUCAGUUGCAAGAAAGCACUCGCUCGUUCUUUCGCCAAAUAUACCCUCGCAAGACCUGGCGGUGGAAGAAGGAAUAGAAAUUUGGAGAGAGGACAGAGGGCGGCUACUGCCACGAUGGCUUAA